CUAAUCUCAAUAUUGAAAAUUAUCAUCUUUCUUAUUAGUUUUUCUGAAUUCUGAAAUAAUGGCAGUUUCAGCUACUACUACUCUUAUGACUCCAUUGAAAACUUCAUCGUUAUCUUUUUCUUCUGUUUCAAAUGUUGCUUUUCCUAAGAAACAAUACUUUAAACUUUGUGCAACAUCUGAUGUUUCACUUACUGGUGUGGUGUUUGAGCCAUUUGAUGAAGUUCACAAGGAUGAAUUUAUGGUUCCUAUCACACCACACACUUCACUUGCUCGACAGAGGUACGCGGACGAAUGUGAAGGUGCUAUCAAUGAGCAGAUCAAUGUGGAGUACAACAUUUCGUAUGUAUACCACGCCAUGUUCGCCUACUUUGACAGGGACAACGUAGCUCUAAAAGGCCUCGCAAAAUUCUUCAAGGAGUCUAGUGAAGAAGAAAAGGAACAUGCUGAGAAGUUAAUGCAUUAUCAGAACAUCCGAGGAGGAAGAGUGAAGCUACAUUCUAUUAUGAUGCCUCCCUCUGAAUUUGAUCAUGUUGAUAAGGGAGACGCGUUGUAUGCAAUGGAACUGGCAUUGUCCUUGGAGAAGUUAACAAAGGAGAAACUUUUGACCCUGCAUAGCGUGGCUGAUCGAAACAAUGACUCCGAAAUGCAAGAUUUUGUUGAACGCGAAUUUUUGGCCGAGCAGGUUGAGGCUAUUAAGAAAAUUGCAGAAUAUGUAAGUCAGCUAAGGAGGGUUGGAAAAGGACAUGGAGUGUGGCACUUUGAUCAGAUGCUUUUACAUUAAUAUACAUAAUGGUGCAGCUUGAAGGUCCCCCAGUUCAGGCUCCUUUUAUCUUAAGAUUAUAAGUCUCUACUCUAUAUGUUGUUGUCCAAUAAUGUAAUACAUAUUUAUGUUACUUCAAAUUCAAGUCAUGUAUAGGCUUGAUCCUAGAAGAUUAAUAUGGCAGCUUGCUUUCAAGAAAUAAAAGUUGUUUGAUGAGGAAUUAAAACCA